UUUAAAGCUAAAGGCAUAUUACCUUGGCAUGUUUGUAUUAUUUGCGACACACGAUAGAAACAAUAUCAUAAUCCUCCCGCAGACCGAUGACACGUUUCGCAAAUGCAAAUGCAUCCCGUCUGCACUGCUGGCUCGUGGCGCAUAGACACAUUUGUCAAUCGGUAUUGAUUGAUGGCCGCUCGUUACCACCCAAAUGAGAGCCAGCUUAAGCAAAGAUGCAAAACAUUUAGGAUCUCUAAUCUCCGCUGCAUGCAGGAUGCAGCACCACACCAAAAAAAAUGUCAUCUCAGUUUCGCCCAAAAAUUUCUUAUAUAAAAGAUCUUGCAGCACACGAUCAGCACAUCAGUAUUCGGUACAGUAUUCGCGAGUUUAAAACACACAGUUUUCAAAAUGCAGCAGCAAGUGUUUGCCUUUCUAGUCCUCUGCACACUAGUCGGUGCCGCUGUGGGAGCUCCCGUUGAUUCCGGCGCAACACCGUACAUUGUGCAGUACGAAAACAAUAACGCACAGAGCGAAGGAUACAACUUUGGAUUCGAGCUGAGCGAUGAGCAGCGGCGCAAGGAAGAGGGAACGAUCCGGUACAGCAAGGACGAGGAAGGCAAAGAUGUGCAGUUCGUAGCCGUCCAAGGACACUACUCGUACGUCGGAGACGAUGGCCGCACGUACUGGGUGGAGUACGUUGCAGACGAGAACGGAUAUCGCUCCCGGAUGGGCACCGGUGACUACGAUACCGAUCGCAAGCUCGAGCUGUCCGGCGGGGAGCGUAAGAAUCGCCCAUUCGCCUAGUAGUGGUGCCAUGAUUAAUGAAUGGAAAUUCGCGUGUAUGGGAAUGGGUAAUGGUCAAUAAACGGAUGCGCUGAUGUUGGAGGGAGCAGAAACUACUUUGUGUGAUUUUUAAAUCAUUAAUUUCACGGCACCGGUCAUCGGUCAUCGGUUAUGUUACUUUACGGAUAAGCGUGCCCAUGAUGUGUGAGAACGGUAGAUAGUAAUGGCGUCUUACUUAUGCAAAGCGUGCUAUUAGACUUCCUGUUGGGGUAUAACAA